AUGGCGCUCCGGAAGGCGCUUGCCAAACGCCAAUCUCAAGCUAUCAGAGUCACUCUAGCCCCGUCGUCGGUGGUUCUAGAGCACCAAACCAUUGUGCCUCCAAAUGCUGCCCAGGCAAAUUUCCAUCGCGAGUAUCUCACCUCAACCGGUUCCGCCGAUAAAGGCUUUUUCCGGCGUUUUCUUCACCGCCGAGCGCUAAACCAAUCGGCGAAGCUCCCGGAGUUCCUCACCGUACCAGUCGGUGAAAAGCUCCGGGAAAAGCUCAGAGGCAUCAACAUUAGCAGCGAUCGGCUCCGGCUAGCCGGUCUCAGCCCUCCGCUGCCCGAUCUUGCCACUCCCGACGACGCUCUGUACGGAAUCUCCGUCAGCGACGCGAAGAAGAUUCUGAAGCUUUCUCAGGUGGAGAAGCUAAAAGCGAAGCUGAGGGAGAUUCCGGAGGGCUCCAUUUCGUACUCGGAGUUUGUUCGGAUCUGUGUGGAAGGCUGCGAGGACGAAGAACAAGGUGCUGAGUUUUCGAAGAUGCUGGACGAGUCCGGAAAUGUCAUCGUUUUGGGAAACGUAGUGUUUCUCCGACCGGAGCAGGUGGCAAAAUCCAUGGAGAGCAUAAUUUCACAAUCCAUGGCCAUGCCGAACGAUCCAAGGAGAAGAGAGCUCCAACAAUUGGAGACGCAAAAGAUGGUAAUUGACCAAAAAGCCCGGGCCUUGGUCCGGGGCGAGCUCUACUGUGGGCUGGGCUUUUUGUUAUUUCAAACAAUCAGUGCCAUCCGGCUGACUUUUUGGGAGCUGAGUUGGGAUGUGAUGGAGCCCAUUUGCUUCUUUGUGACCUCCAUGUACUUCGCUUUGGGGUAUGGCUUCUUUCUUAGGACAUCCAUGGAGCCCACUUUCCAAGGCUUCUUCCAGCGUCGUUUCGAGGCCAAGCAACAGCGCCUUAUGGAGGCUCAUAAAUUUGAUGUCCAAAAGUACAAGCACCUCCGCAAAGUGUUUUAUCCCAAUUCGGAUCAUUCAGCGUCGUUUUCAUCGUGA